AUGGAUGAAAAACUGAAGCUAGGAAAUUGUACAAGAGAUGAUGUCCCAGGGCACAGGGACCAGGCAUCUUCCAGGACGUCUCCAGGAGGGUCCAGGAGAUAUCUUGACAACAUAACAGCAAUUGGGCCCAGGACAGUUGGAAGUCCAGAAAAUGAAGUUCUUGCAGUUAACUACCUCUUAGAGCACAUUAGGGCAAUAGAAAGAGAAAGCACAGAUGCCCACAAGAUAUAUGUAGACAUACAGAGGCCCACGGGCUCCUUCAGCAUUGACUUUUUAGGAGGCUUUACUAGUUACUAUGCAAACAUAACCAAUAUUGUAGUGAAGCUGGAACCCCGAAAUGGAGCUGAGCACGCAGUGUUAUCCAAUUGUCACUUUGAUUCCGUACCAAAUAGCCCGGGUGCCAGUGAUGAUGCUGUUAGCUGCGCAGUGAUGCUUGAAAUACUUAGCACGCUUUCAAAAUUAUCAGAGCCCCUACAGCAUGCCAUCAUAUUCUUAUUUAAUGGUGCAGAAGAAAAUAUUUUACAGGCUAGUCAUGGCUUCAUUACACAACAUGAGUGGGCCAAGUCAAUUAGAGCUUUUAUUAACCUGGAGGCAGCAGGUGUAGGAGGAAAAGAACUUGUUUUUCAAACAGGACCUGAGAAUCCUUGGUUGGUACAAGCAUAUGUAGUUGCAGCCAAACAUCCCUUUGCCUCUGUGGUGGCACAGGAAGUAUUUCAGAGUGGUAUUAUCCCAGCAGAUACAGACUUCCGGAUCUACAGAGACUUUGGCAAUGUUCCAGGAAUAGACUUGGCUUUUAUUGAAAAUGGCUACAUUUAUCACACAGAGUAUGACACAUCAGACAGAAUUUUAACAGAUUCCAUCCAGAGAGCCGGUGACAAUAUUCUAGCUGUCCUAAAAUACUUGGCAACUUCAGAUAAGUUGACGAAAUCUUUUGAGUAUCGACAUGGAAAUGUUGUGUUCUUUGAUGUACUCGGCUUAUUUGUCCUUGCAUAUCCGGCUCGUGUUGGCACCAUCGUGAACUAUAUUACAGCAGCAAUUGCUUUUCUUUAUUUAGGCAAGAAAGUAUUACAGCCCAAAAUCAGAGCCACUCAUAACCUGAAGAAAAUUUUUACUGCAUUUGGCUUAACACUGCUCAGCUGGGUCUGUGCGCUGGUGACAGUCCUUCUUGUGGCAGCGUUUGUCUCUGUCAUUGGACGGUCUCUUUCUUGGUACACCCAUUUCUAUGUUUCUGUGUUUCUGUAUGGAACUGCAGCUGCAGCUAAGCUCAUUCUUGUACAUAGGCUAGCCAAGAAGUUCUUCUAUAAGGGUAUGAAUGAGCAGUAUCUGGGAGAUAUUUUUUUUGAUGCUUCAUUGAUGAUUUGGUCUAUAGCCUUGGUUGUGAUAACUCAGAGGGGCAUUUGUUCAGCGUUUAUUUGUACGUUAUGGAUAGCAUUUCCUUUACUCACUAAACUGAUCAUCCAUAAAGAGUUCAGCCAAAAAGGUGCCACAAUGAAGUUUGUCAUGAUGUACAUGCUGGGAAUGUUUGUUCCUUAUCUGUAUAUGAUGUAUCUUAGUUGGACUGUAUUUGAAAUGUUUACACCUAUCAUGGGACGAAGUGGUUCAGAAAUUCCUCCAGAUGUGGUGUUGGCAGGAUUUAUUGUGGUCAUCACUAUAAUUCUGUCAUCCUAUUUUAUUAACUUCAUUUACCUUGUGAAAAGCACAAAAGCAACGUUAAUAACUUUAACUACUGUGUUUGGAGUCACUCUGAUUCUGGUGUGUAGUGGAAUCUUCUUCCCUUACAGUUCUAAUGCAGCUAAUCCAAAGCCUAAGCGCAUCUUUCUCCAGCACACAAGCAGAAGAUUUCAUGAUUUAGGUGGAAAUGUGGUUAAAAGUGACUCUGGUAUAUGGAUUAAUGGAUUUGAUUAUAAUGGAAUAUCUCACAUAACUCCCUAUGUACCUGAAAUCAAUGAAACGAUAAGAACUCCAUGCGAGGAGCAAGCCCCUUUUUGUGGCCUUCCUUGGAUUCUGCCAGUGCAUUUCAUGUUCUGGAAAAACUGGUAUCUUCCUGCUCCAGAAAUUGUUCCAAGAAGCCCUAUUCAAUUUAGAGUUGUGUCAAAGGAGCUGAUGCCCAGGAACUCUGUGAGGUUAAGCUUUGAAGUAUCUGGUCCAAGUCACAUAUCUCUGUACCUUCGGCCACAUGAAGGGUCAGCUCUGUCCACCUGGUCCCUCGGGGAUGGUGUGCCAGUUGCUAGUAUAGGAGGAGACUACUUUGUAUUUUACUCCCACGGGCUCAAGGCUACACCCUGGCACUUCUGGAUAGAACUGACGGCCCCAGAAAAGCAUUCAGAUGGAAUAGUCUCCCUCGGCGUAGCAGCACAUUACUUUUUUGGAGAAGAUCAAAAGUCACCUCAACUCAGUGCCUUACGGGAGAGGUUUCCAGACUGGGCGUUUUUUUCUGGUUGGUCCUGCACUUAUGACCUUUUUGUCUUUUAA